AUCGUCAAGCUUCCCGUCAUGACAGACGGGUAUCAGACGAUGGCACAUGUUCUCAAUUGCUUAUAAAAGUCGGCAGUCUGCCAUCUUGCUUGACUCUACGCAUCUUGAGUUCUCUCGUCAGCCGACUCUCCAUCGACGACUAUACAUACACUCGCUCCAGCACGCUCGCUAUCAUCACACACACAUAUACACACAGCUAUCAUGCUUCCACAAUCGCUACUUCUGGCCCUCGGGGCGGCCUCGACCGCUGCCGCCAGCGUCAUUCCUCGUCAGAACGGCACCACCUGCACGAAUCCCGUCGUCCGCAAGGAGUGGCGCGAGCUCACCGACGCCGAGAAGGCCGAGUACCUGCGGGCGGCCGUCUGCGUGCGCAACCUGCCCAAGCAGAAGUACUCGCAGAUUGAGGCCGUGACGACGCGGAUGGACGACCUCGUGUACACGCACUUCUCGCUCAACCUCGACAUCCACUUUGUGGCCAACUUCCUGCCCUGGCACCGCUGGUUCCUCCACCUGCACGAGAACCUCCUGCGUGACGAGUGCGGCUUCAAGGGCGUGCAGCCGUACUGGGACUGGUCCAUCGAGGCCGACAGCCGCACGAUGCCCGAGUCGCCCAUCUGGGACGCGGCCACGGGCUUCGGCGGCAACGGCGUCAAGACGGGCAACCCGACCCCGGGCUUCCAGCGCUGCGUCGUCGACGGGCCCUUUGCCAACACGAACCUGACCCUCGCCAUGGGCUGGCCCGACAUGAACACGGUGGGCAACCGCCUGCACUGCUUCACCCGCGAGUUCAACUCGGCCGAGGGCCACGACCCGGUCACCGGCGAGAUCAUCAUCGGCGACAUGCAGGUCUCGGCCUACAGCUCGGCCGUCAUGCGCACCAUUGACAACUUUGACACGUACCGCCGCAUGUCCGAGAUGCUCGAGGGCCUGCCGCACGCCCAAAUCCACAGCGUCAUCUUCGGCGACAUGGGCCCGGCCACGAGUCCCAACGAGCCGCUCUUCUUUUUGCACCACGCCAAUGUGGAUCGUGCCUGGGCCAGAUGGCAAGGACGCAACGCGACCCGCCUGGCCGACUACGCGGGCUUCAUCGACCGUGACGAGACCAUCCGCGCGUCCAUCACCGACGAGAUGCCCGUCAUGGAGCUCGCCGACACCAAGCCCGUCGUCCAGGACUACAUGGACACGAUGGCCGGGCCGCUGUGCUACACGUACUCGAAGAUGACGUUGUAGAUAUGAGAAAACAAAAAUACAAAGGAAAUGGUUUUACCCACUGAUAGACAAAUAAUAGAACUAAUGACUCACGAGCAUAAAGUAAUGGUGUGGUGGUGCUGGUGGUGACUGGUCUUGCGGUCUGAUAGAGAGA